GAAACAAAUAAAACUGAAGAUGCUGGAAUCUGAGGCAAAAAAAAGAUAGUCAGUCAGUCUGCUGGAGGGAUCUCUGACCCAAAAUGUUCAUAAGUUCAGAAGUUAAGAAAUCCUCCUCAUCUGCUUUCUAAAGAUGGCCAGGCAAUGUAAUCAAAAAAGUCAAAGACAGAAUUGAACUGGUUGCUAGAGAACUGUUCAGAACCAACAUAAUUCGGAAAAAGAAGCAACCAGACAUACCUUCUAAGUGUAAUUCUGGCAAAUGCACUGUGAUCCAAAAGCUGUAGUAUUUUUUGCAGGUGAAAAUAUCAAAACAAUGCCAACACAAAACCAAUAUUAUAUGACCCAGCCUGGUAAGCAUUGAUAGAACUACUGGAAUGAUGUUCAGUUACAUGAGAUGGAUUACAUUUUGGGGGCUUAUUGUUAUGUGUACUGAGAUACAGCGCGGAAUUUUGUUUUGCAAGCUGUCCAGGUAAAUCAUAUCGCACAUGAGUGCAAUCAAAUCAUACAUGCGUACAGCAAGAUGUGCAAACCGAGAAAGAAAGAUAGUGCAGAAUACGGCGUUGCAGCUGCAGAGAAAGUGCAGACAAAGAAAAAAUGCAAGAGUCUUAAUAAGGUAGAUUUGCAAAUUGGCAAUACAUGUGUGGAGUUACAUGUUCGCCCUGUUCUAUUGUUUACUGUCUGUGACCGUGUGAGUUUCCUCCGGGUGCUCUGGUUUCCACCCACAUUACAAAGACCUGUGGGUUAAUUGGCUACUGUAAAUUGCCCCAAGUGUGUCGGGAGUGGGUGUGAAAGUGGGAUAACAUAGAACUAAAUCCAAAGGGUUUCUACAGCUAUAUUGAUAGCAAAAGGAUAACGAGGGAUAAAAUUGGUCCAUUAGAGAGUCAGAGUGGACAGCUAUCUGCAGAGCCAAAAGAGAUGGGGGGAGAUAUUGAAGAAUUUAUUUUCUUCGGUAUUCACCAAGGAGAAGGAUAUUGAAUUAUGUGAGGUAAGGGAAACAAGUAGAGUAGCUAUGGAAACUAUGAGAUUCAAAGAAGAGGAAGUACUGACACUUUUGAGAAAUAUAAAAGUGGAUAAGUCUCCAGGUCCGGACAGGAUAUUCCCUAGGACAUUGAGAGGUUAGUGUAGAAAUAGCAGGGGCUAUGACAGAAAUAUUUCAAAUGUCAUUAGAAAUGGGAAUAGUGCCGGAGGAUUGGCGUACUGUGCAUGUUGUUCCAUUGUUUAAAAAGGGGUCUAAGAGUAAACCUAGCAAUUAUAGACCUGUUAGUUUGACGUCAGUGGUGGGCAAAUUAAUGGAAAGGAUACUUGGAGAUAAUAUAUAUAAGCACCUGGAUAAACAGGGUCUGAUUAGGAACAGUCAACAUGGAUUUGUGCCUGGAAGGUCAUGUUUGACUAAGCUUCUUGAAUUUUUUGAAGAGGUUACUCGGGAAAUUGAUGAGGGUAAAGCAGUGGAUGUUGUAUAUAUGGACUUCAGUAAGGCCUUUGGCAAGGUUCCUCAUGGAAGGUUGGUUAAGAAGGUUCAAUGGUUGGGUAUUAAUGAUGGAGUAGCAAGAUGGAUUCAACAAUGGCUGAAUGGGAGAUGACAGAGUAAUGGUGGAUGGUUGUUUGUCAGGUUGGAGGCCUGUGACUAGUGGGGUGCCACAGGGAUCUGUGUUGGGUCCACUGUUGUUUGUCAUGUACAUCAAUGAUCUGGAUGAUGGUGUGGUAAAUUUGAUUAGUAAGCAUUGCAGAUAAUAGAAUCGAAUAAUAGAAUAGAAUAGUUUCUUUAUUGUCAUUGUAACAUGAACCAUGUACAACAAAAUUUAAAAAUGUCAGCCAGUCAGUGCACCAUUCAAACAUUUCUAAAAGCUAACGAUACAUACAAGGUAAAAUAUUAAAAAAAGAUAAACAACUAAAAUAAAUAUCAUGAAAAUAGCACGCAUAAACACCCAACCCUCCAUCCUUCUGUGGAUUUCACAGUGUACCACAGUCCCUUAGUAUAUAUCGCGCCUGCGUUCCUUGGCGGCUACAUUUAGUGCCUUUAUAGCAGUGGGGUAAAAACUGUUUUUAAGUCUGUUUGUCCUUGUCCUUGUAGAUCUGUACCGUCUGCCUGAUGGCAACAGUUCAAACAGGGAGUGUCCGGGGUGGGAAAUGUCCUUUAUAAUACUCUGGGAUUUUUUGAUGCAGCGGGAACUGUGUAAGUCCUCCAAGGUAAGGAGAGGGCAGCCGACAAUCCUCUGGCCGUUGUCAAUGGCCCUCUGGAGCGCUUUCCUCUGAGCCGCUGUGCAGCUGGUGUACCAUACGCAUACAUAGUAUGUUAGAAUGCUCUCAAUGGAGCACCGAUAAAAGGACAGCAGCAGUCUCUGAGUGAUGUUAUUCUUCCUGAGCACCCUCAGGAAGUGCAGUCUCUGCUGGACCUUUUUCAGCAGCGCAGAGGUGUUCACGCAUGAUACUAAGAUAGGUGGGGUUGCGGGUAAUGAAGUAGAGUUUCAAAGUCUACAGAGAGAUUUAUGCCAGUUGGAAGAGUGGGCUGAAAGAUGGCAGAUGGAGUUUAAUGCUGAUAAGUGUGAGGUGCUACAUCUUGGCAGGACAAAUCAAAAUAGGACGUACAUGGUAAAUGGUAGGGAAUUGAAGAAUGCAGGUGAACAGAGGGAUCUGGGAAUAACUGUGCACAGUUCCCUGAAAGUGGAAUCUCAUGUAGAUAGGGUGGUAAAGAAAGCUUUUGGUGUGCUUGCCUUUAUAAAUCAGAGUAUUGAGUAUAGAAGUUGGGAUGUAAUGUUAAAAUUGUACAAGGCAUUGGUGAGGCCAAUUCUGGAGUAUGGUGUACAAUUUUGGUCGCCUAAUUAUAGGAAGGAUGUCAACAAAAUAGAGAGAGUACAGAGGAGUUUGAAUAGAAUGUUGCCUGGGUUUCAGCAACUAAGUUACAGAGAAAGGUUGAACAAGUUAGGGCUUUAUUCUUUGGAGCGCAGAAUGUUAAGGGGGGACUUGAUAGAGGUCUUUAAAAUGAUGAGAGGGAUAGACAGAGUGGACGUGGAUAAGCUUUUUCCACUGAGAGUAGGGAAGAUUCAAACAAGGGGACAUGACUUGAGAAUGAAGGGACAGAAGUUUAGGGAUAACAUGAGGGGGAACUUCUUUACUCAGAGAGUGGUGACUGUGUGGAAUGAGCUUCCAGUGAAGGUGGUGGAGGCAGGUUCGUUUUUAUCAUUUAAAAAUAAAUUGGAUAGUUAUAUGGACGGGAAAGGAAUGGAGGGUUAUGGUCUGAGCGCAGGUAGAUGGGACUAGGGGAGAAUACGUGUCCGGCACGGACUAGAAUGGUCGAGAUGGCCUGUUUCCAUGCUGUAAUUGUUAUAUGGUUAUAACUAGUGUGAAUGGUCGGCAUGGACUUAGUGGGCUGAAGGGCCUGGUCUCAUGCUAUAAUGCUAAACUAAACUAAAUUAAACUAAUCUAAACUAAAUCUAAACUAAACAAAGAUAGGCGCAAAAGCUGGAGUACUCGGUUACUCCAGCUUUUUGUUAAUAGCAUCUGUGUUUCUCUUUGGUUUAAACCAGCAUCUGCAGUUCCUUCCUAAACUAAACAUUUUUGGUUUUCAUCUCAGCUUGUUAAUUCUGAUCCAACCGCGUGGAUGCAAUUCAAAUUAAUUGAGCUGAAGUCAACAUGGUUUUUUGAAACCUUGCCUGACAAACCUGUUGGAAUUCUUUGAGGGAGUAAAUAUGAUAGACAAGGGAGAGUCGGUGGAUGUCGUUUACCUGGAUUUUCAGAAGGACUUUGAUAAGGUGCUGCACAUGAGGUUGCUAAAGAUGUUGAGAGCCCAUGGUCUGCAGAAGGACUUGGACAGGUUGAGAGUGGGUUGAGAAGUGGCAGAUUAAUACAGCAUAGCAAAAUGUGAAGUCAUACAUUUUGGUAGUAGGAAUGAAGGCAUAGACUAUUUUCUAAAUGGGGAGAGAAUUCAGAAAUCGGAGGUACAAAGGGACUUGGGACUGCUGGUGCAGGAUUCCCAAAAAGUUAAUUUGCGAGUUGAAUCGGUAGCAAGGGAGGCAAAUGUAUUUCAAGAAGGCUACAAUACAAGAACAGGGAUGUAAUGCUGAGACAUUAUAAGGCACUGGCCAGUUGUGGGCAGGUUUGUGUCCCAUAUCCGAGGAAGAAUGUGCUGACAUUGGAGUGGGUCCAGAGGAGGUUUACGAGAAUGAUCCCAGGAAUAAUUGUGUUAAUGUAUGAUGAGCAUUUGAAAACACAGGGGCUGUACAUGCUGGGGUGAGGGGGGACCUCAUUGAAACUUACUGAAUAGUGAAAGGUCUGGAGCAAGUGGAUGUGAGGAGGAUAUUUCCACUAGUGCCUCAGAAUAAUAGGACGUAUCUUUAUAAAGGAGAUGAGAAGAAAUUGCUUAAGUCAGACGGAGGUAAAUCUGUGGAAUCUAUUGACAGAGACGGCUGUGGAGGCCAAAUUAAUGUAUAUAUUUAAGGUAGAGAUUGACAGAUUCUUGAUUAGUCAAGGACAUGCCCCACGAGCAUGCGACAAGCGCGACCAAACCGGAAGUGGGGGCCGAGCGGAGGUCGAGUGAUUCCCGUACAGGGCCUGUCCCACAAGCAUGCAACUGCAUGCGGCGAG